AUGUCCGCAUUUAACGGUUUUACACCUGUAUCAUCAGGAUUUGAUUUUUUUGAUAGAAAUGUUAACAAUCAAGGUAAUGCCCAUAAUUUUAAUAACAACCGUAAUAACAAAAUUAACGUUAGUUUUAAAGGGAAAUAUAAACAUUUGCCUCCUGGCCAACAACUUACUAGAAAAAAAGAUUCUAACAAAUUUAAUGGUACUACCAACAAAAACACAAGAAAUAACAAUCUUGAUAGCAACAACGACUAUAAUAAAAACUAUUCCAAUAGUAACAACAAAAAUAAAUAUAGCAACAAUAAAAAAUGGAAUACCUACAAAAAAAAUGACCACAAUAACCAAAAUAAUAGCCCAACAAGGGGAAAUACACCAAUCGUAAACAAUAACAAUGGACAACUAUCAUCCUCCUUGACUAAAAAGAAAAAGAAAAAAAAAAUAUAUUUCAAGUGUCUAUCACCCGAUAAGGAGAAACAAUUGGGUCCUUUAACACAGAAUAUUGAUCCACUAGACUUGGGUUUUAGAAAAAAUAGCAGCAAAGGUAAUAACAAUGUUACUGGAACACAAAUUUUGAGAGAGGCGCCCAAAUUUAUGCUUAGACAACAACCACACUAUGAAAGUAAACCAUUUAUUCAAGAUUCCUGGGACAAACUCAAUCAAGAAAAAAUGAUUGAAUUAGAAACUAAAAAUAUAUCAGAUAUUAACUAUCUAUACGAUAUUUUUAAAAAGAUGCGUGAAAGUGAACGUACCACUAUGGAAAAGAAAGGAUUGGUAGAUAAAGCAGAGGUUGCAAAAGAUUUAACAGAAGCCAUUAACUUUCAAGGGACAUGUUUAGAUAUGUGUCCCAUUUACGAAAGAAUUAGAAGAACUGUGGAAAAUAACGUAGCCAGUUAUGAAAAGGAUCAAAAUACUGGUUUAAUUGAUAGAUUUAAAGCCAUUAAAGUUUUUGCAAGACCAGCUGCUUCUGCUCCUCCACCUUUACCCUCUGACGUUAGACCACCUCAUAUUUUGGUGAAAACUUUGGAUUAUAUUGUUGAUAACCUCAUUCAGUGCUUACCAGAUUGUGAGAGUUUUGUUUGGGAUAGAAUGCGUUCUAUCAGACAAGACUUUACCUACCAGAAUUAUUGUGGUCCAGAAGCUGUUAAUUGCAACGAGAGAAUUGUUAGAAUUCAUUUACUAAUUUUGCAUAUAAUGAGUAAGUGCGAUGUAGAAUAUAGCAGACAGCAGGAGUUAGAACAGUUACAAAAAGCGCUAAUAACUUUGGGUGAAAUAUACGACGAGGUGGGUGGGGAAAAUGAAGCCGAGUUUAGAGCCUAUGCGUUAUUAAGUAUUAUUAGAGAUGCUGAAUAUGACCGAUCCAUUCAAAAGUUGUCGCCAAAGAUUUUCAAUAAUGAUUUGGUUCAAUUAGCGAUAGCCUUUAGAAGAAUAAUUUCCAACUCAAACUUCUACGAAAGGGGUUAUUCUCCUGGUCCAAAUGGGUUGAAUUUGUACACUCAAUUUUUUAAAUUAUUGAAUUCCGCUCAAGUGCCCUUUUUGUUAUCGUCCUAUUUGGAAACUUAUAUCAAUGAAAUAAGGUUUUAUGGGUUUUAUUUUAUAAAACAAGCAACAAACAAGAAAUUGAAACCUCUACCUAUGUCCUACUUAAAGAACAUUUUCAGUUUUAAUAGUUUUGAAGAAAUUAAUGAAUUUUGCGAAUAUUAUUCCAUUGAUGUAGUAGAUAAUGGUUCUUCUGUUGCCGUUCAUAGUUUAAAACAUUCGAGCCACUUAAUACCGGAAAGAAAACCGUUGAAUCAAGCAUGGCUACAGUCAGUUGAUUUAAAAUUAACUAAAUAUACAUCUUAUUCAGCUUUAAUAAACAGUGAGAUUUCAAGCAGUUUUGCCUUCAACGCUAAUACCAACUUUAACUCAUUCAACAAAUUCAAAGAAGAAAAUCAAUUACUUGUAGAUACUUUGGAUGAUGGUGUAGAAAGAAAUAGCAAUAAUGAUGUUAUGGUUAAACCACAGUCCAUAGCAACUACAACUGAUUUGUUUGGAAACAGCAAUAACGGAAAUCGUGAACUAGACAAAUCAAGUACAUUAGCAGGUUUUGCACCGCAACCACCAGCAAAUACAACCAAUUUUAAUACCAAUAUUCCUAAUAUCAAUUUUGGUACGGCGGUAGAAAGUGGGAUGAUCACUACAAAAAAUGAAGGUAUUGGUAACGAUUUUGGUUUUAAUAUGGAUGCGGGCAAUAACGUUCCACAAACAGGUAUGACGCCCUCAACAAAUAUUGUGCCAUCGUUCAAUAACGUGUUACCCCAAUUUACAGAUUCGUCAAGGGACUCAUCUCAAAGAAUUGACAAUAACACCAAUAGUAAUCCAUUAUUUCAGUCAAUCAAAGCUACUAAUAUGUCUACCUCUAAUAUUUUACCACAACUACCUGCUACUAGUACUACCUUUGAGACGACCUCCUUAAAUGGCUCAUUUCCUAAUAUUGGAAAUAAAGGUAGCACAUUAAGUGGAAAACAAACAGAUCAUAACGAUUUUUUAGAUAAUAAAGAUAUAAUUAAUAUUGAAAAUAAAAAAAAUGAAAAAAAUAAACUUCAAGUGGAAAAAGAACUUGAAGGAAAAAAAAAAAAAAAAGGCAAGGAGGAAAAGAGGAAAGGGGAGGAGUGGGAAGAGAAAUGGAAAUGGAAACACAGCUGCAUACAAUUGAAGAUGAAAAAAAAAUGCAACAGAAACAAAAAAUUAUUAAUGAUGUGGGUGGUGAAAUUAUUGAUAAAGUUUGCAAAGAACAGGUUUCCAAAAUAG